AUGCAGCUUUCGACAGUUCUUCUCAACGCUGCCCUCCUCUUCUCUUCUCUGGGAGGCGCAACCACGGUCGACGGCCACGAGGAUGUGUUGGAGGUUCGCGCACCGCCCAAGCCCAAGCAGCCUAUGCCUGGCCUUGGAGAGUUCAAGGCCCAAAUGGAGCACAUCGAUGAGAACACUUGUGUGUUCUACUCCGGCCUAGGCGCUGGCAGUGAGGGCAAGGUCAAGAAGCUGCGCGACGAGCGGGACUACCUUAGGGGCUACAAGAUUCUGGACGAGCGCUGGACGGACAGAAACUUCAUCAAGAACCUGAAGCGUUUCAACGGAACUCCCAAGCAGUUCUUCGCUCAGGCCUCCCUUGCACUGGCACAGUCCUGCUCGGGUGUUGUCUACGUGUUUCUGCCUGAGGGAGAUGGCCUCAACUGGGACGCUGGUACCAUCUGGGACCAGCAGGAGUGGCCCGGUCUUCCUAAGGGCGCCGGAGUGACUGAGGUCAUCCGCUUGAACGCGAACGACGCCAGCCACAAGGAGACCAUCUACAAGCAGCCCGGCACCAAGCGCGCCAAUGAGCAGUGCAGCAUCAGCCUGACUCAGUGGGAUCAGGACAAGACCACGAACAGCGACCGCAACCGCUUCGCCCUCGAGUUCGACGUCAAGAACGCUGCCGGAAACGUCAUUGGCCACCAGACCAGAGUCUCUGUCGGUGACUGGACCCCCUUCAGCUGGCUCGGUGGCAACCUGUUCUCCAGCGGACUCGUCGUCAUUCCCAACGACAACAAGGUUUCUUUCUGGUUCCUCGGUGUCUUCUGGCAGUCGAGCGACGACCGAUGCAAGGUCGGCAACUGGGUCGACGGCACUGGCGAGUCCCGCAACCGUGAGAUUGUCUGCAACUUCGCCUGUUAA